ACCUGCAGAGUCGGCUUGAUAUGCAGCGUCCUUCUGUACAGAUGCGUUUGAGGACGACUUAUUGGUCCGGUGUGGGACUUGUGACCCAAGACCUGACCCUUUCUCAAAAACUCUCCCGAACACAAUUUGCCCCUCUAUGAAACCCAUCCUUCUGGCUGCAUCGGCUUCUUUUCGCCACUCUGUUUUCUUCAGUGGAUUACAGUCUACAGUUUGCGCCAAAUAACACGUCAGAAUAACAGCUGCGGCAAAGUAAACAGUAGCGCUUUUCCCUGUUCCUUCACACUUCAUUCUGUUGCACAUGACUCCCGUCAAUGGGACGAGCUAACGGACUGCUUUGCCGCAGCUUUUUGAAACUGGAACGUUCUCUGCGAGCGGCUGCUGCAACAACUAAUCAGAAGCGGCCACGGGUGGGCUCACUGAUGUGGUUCUCUAAUCAGCUGACACUCGUUUCACCUGGGUAAUGUCCAGGGUGCUAUCAGAGACAGCAAGGUACAAUUAAAGGGCGAGCUGCAGGUCUUUUAAGAUUUCAUUAUCAAUGUUUGUUUCCCAGUUCAGAACCAGAUUUAUAUCACUUAUAAAUACAUAGUAAAAGUAGGCUAGCCUACUGGAGAGGCCUAACUGAGGGGGGCACAACCACUCUGCCAUCUUUGGGAGAAUUACGUUAAAGCAUGUUUAACUGCAUGAAAAUGUGGAUGAAAAAGUGUGUAAAAGAGGGGUUUGAGCAGGGGUCCUUUACAAAACCUUAAAAAAAACAACAACUAUAAACCUUAUAAACUUUCAAGAUGGCUCUGUUCUCCUUUACCAUUUACAUAAGGAUUACUUGGGAGAGCUUAAAAGAUCAGUCUUUACCUAAAGUGAAGAUAACGUAAUACGACCACGAAAUGGACCUUGAGAUUAUAUUGUUUUGUAAACGAAUAAUGAACUCUGAAGCUCAACUUUUGAGCCAACAGUUGCCUAGGCAUAGUCAGGAAAGCAAUGGGAAUUUGAACGUGUACAGCUCCAUGACAACUGGGCAAACUUCAUCUGCAGAGGAAGCUCUAGAACAGCUACUAAAUGGACCUUGAGACCACAUUGAUGGACACUACAGUCAGCACUGUGACAGUAUUAUAUAGUAUAUUGUUACUGACAACACAGCAAGUGGGACUCAUUGAGCCUAUACUGUAUAUUCACCUUCAGGAGGAAAUAACACAGUAACUUGACUCCAGUCAGAAGGACAGACAAAAAGAUGAGGUCCAGCUCUUCCUAUGCUGCUGCUGCUGCUGCUACAUUAGAGCAUGAUCUCAAUGUGCCACGAUCUGUCCUGGAUGACCACAGGAUACCAGAGGGCUGUCCACAGUCUGUCAGUGACCCACCCACCUAUUGUAUCAGAGCAGCAGGAGUUCUGAGGUACAAUCGGGAGUCUGACAACCACAGGAUAAACUUAAUAACCAUUCUUCCAAAGUCCCAGCCUCUGACAGAAUACCCAGUGAAAUGUGAAUACUGUGGACUAAAGGCCCAACCUUCACUGGAUCUUCCAUGGGCACAGGGGCCAGAGACCGUGCCAGUCUUCUGCUGUGUCCAGCGGCAGCAGCUGUAUAAGAUGCUGGUGAAGUGGAGGUGUUUGGUUGAGAGGAGCUGUAACCUGAGGGCUAGUACUCCAACAACAUCAUCAGGAGACCAGCCAGCCACAGAGAUGAAGGAGCUUCUUUUCCAAGGCAAAGAGAUGGAGGAUUACAACAAGUUUAUCCUGGAUUUACCGAGUGGACUUGGAGAACAAUCAGAAUUGAGGAUCUACGAGGAUUUCUCAAUGCAACUACCAGAAACUUUUGUCCCAGCAUCAAAGGUCCUCAGCUUCCGGCUCUCUUGUGCUCCAGGACAAGGAUGCUGGACAGUGUAUCCUUGUAGCGCAACUGAGAAGCACUUGAAAAUAAAAGAGCAAGAGGAGCAGGUGUUAGUCCCUUUUUGUGACCACAAGCCACUUCAGUUUGGCAUAUGUCAUUAUCAGGAUGGGGCAGAAUUUCUCAAGAAGUAUUACUCCAAUGGCAUGACAUUUCUUACAGUGUUCCCUGAUGGCUCUGCUCAGGUCUUCUAUCCCUCAGGCCUCUUGGCUAUCGUUGUCGUGGUCACCGAAGAAAAGGGUAGGGUCUGCAUUGUGUAUGAUGAUUGCAUUGCCUCCUAUCAACCAAUUAGAGCAAUGUUCCAGUCUGAUGGCAGGGCGACGUGUUAUCACAGCAAUGGAAACAUAUGGCUGACCUUAAACAGUUCAGGCGGUCAGUGUUUAGAUGAGGUGGGUGCCAGGGUUCGUCGGUGGAGCUGGAGCAGACUGAGCAUGACUCCCACUCCCCUGCAUCCCGUCUUCCUGUCCCUUAACAAAACUGUCGGGGUCCGAGUCCUCGAGAAGGAACAAGUGUUUGUCUCUUUUCUGGCAAAAGGCCGACAGGCAAAACUCAGUGUGGGUACCUGCUGUGCUCAGGGUGAAUGUAGAACAGAUGGGUCUAGUUCAGGGCCAUCAGUAUUAAAGGAGGAGCUGUUUGUGUUGGCAACCAGGAUUAGGAUCAACACGGCCCUUCGGCACCUCAACCAGUGCCUGAUGACACCCUCACAUCCCCGGCUGCCACCUCCAAGCUUUUCAGUCUAAGGACACUUAACUUAGCUUAAAUGUUUAACCUAUGGAUGAAGAAAGAGCCUUCAUCCACAGGUGUCUUCAGUCUUUGAUGUACCAGUAACAAAGUACACAGUGAUGUGAUAACAGCAACUAUGCUAUGGCAUAAAGACAAAGUCACAUUCAAAAUAGCGGUUCAAAUGUUUUUUUUUUUUUUAAUUUACCUUUUUCUUUUUUAUUUGGAUACCACAGUAACUAAAAGGCAAUGAGAGGGCCAACAUAAAAGAACAAACAUUAACAUUAAAGCAAUGGCUCUUUUCAGGAGGUAUGAUGGCAUUUACAUCACAAUACUGCACUGUUUUCACUCCUCGAUGCCAUUUUGAGACCACAAAAAAUAAAAAUGAAAAAAAAUAAAAUCUUAAAAACCCAUAGGGAAUGAGCUCAAAAGGUAAUGUUUUUUUGUGCAUACUGGAU